UCUUCUUAUUAACCCCUUCCUCACCGACAGUUCACAGUCGAAGCAAUCUCUCUCUUUCACUCCAAUUCGUCAGAGAAAAAGGAACAACAAUGGCGACUCUCACUCCGGGAAUCCUCCUGAAGCUCCUCCAGACCAUGAACUCAGCCACCAGAGUCACCGGCGACCACCGCUCCCCGCUCCUCCAAGUCACCGGCAUAGUCCCCGCGCUCGCCGGCGCCACCGACCUCUCCCCCAACCACGGCUUCUACGUCCAGCUCUCCGACUCCCUCAACUCCACCUACGUCUCCCUCUCCGACCGCGACACCGACCUCAUCCUCUCCAACCGCCUCCAGCUCGGCCAAUUCGUCCACAUCGACCGCCUUGAUUCCGACUCCCCUGUUCCUAGGGUUUGCGGCAUCCGCCCCAUCGCCGGCCGCCACGCCUUCGUCGGCACGCCCGAGCCACUCGUCGCUCGGAUCUCGUCAUCCUCAAGGAAGGAAUUCGUGAUUCAACCUGUCGAAUCGGCCUCGGAUUCCUCCAUCGCCCCCUAUUUGUCCAGCAGAAAUUCCGACGAUUCGGCGAAGGGCGACGAUGGAAGGAAGUUCGAGAAGAGCGUCAGGACAGCGGCGGUGAGAACGCCCCUCGCGCCGCGAGACAAUGUGCAGGCUGGAAAUGCGGAGGAGAAUAAUAAGGAGAGAGUUCUGCCGCAGAGAUUCUCUUCCCCUGCUGGAGCGAAGAGAUCUGUUUCUGCUGGAAGGAAGAAUGUUUCGGCGGAGAAGAGGGAUCCGUCUCCUGCUGGGAAAUUGGGGAAGAGGUCUUCGUCUCCAGCUCCGUCGAAAUGCGUGGUGCCGAGUUUGGCGGCAGCGAGAGAGGAGAACAGGAGAGUGGCGAGGGAGCCGGCGAUUAUAGUCCCGUCGAGGUACCGCCAGCCGUCGCCGACCACCGGGAGGAGGCAGGCGUCGCCGAAUCCGAGGCGGCUUUCGUUGUCUCCGGGGCGGAGGCUCUCUGGAGUCAAGGAUUCCGCCGGGAAGAAGAAGAUCGCGGCGAUUGUCGCCGGGAUUUCCAGAGUCUCCGAAGCUCUCGUUGGAUCUGGUAAGAGCAGUAGAAAAUCCUGGGACGAAACUCCGCCGCAGGCCGCCGCGGUGGCAGAGUUGAGAGAGAAGAAUGAGGUGAAGAAGAAGGUCGAUAGAAACUCAAUUCUCCGGACGCAGGCUGCCUUGUCUAGGCGAUUGAGCGACGCUGGUCGCCAUUCCAAUCACGAUGAUGAUGAAGAUGAUGAUUGUUCGAGCAUCGAGAAAGGAAAGCUGAAUUCCCCUGGUGGAUCUACUGAUAGCGAGAAGCCAGCUGGUGGAGCUAUUGGAUUCACAGUACAUGAGAAGAAAUGGACCGAUGGAACCGUUCCAUUCGAUGCAGUUUCAGCAGAUCUUGCACUGCUUGGAAAGGUAAGACAUUUUUAAUAGAGUUUCCUGCGGGAUAGGCUGGUUCUACGGUUAGUAAAUGAUAUAUGAUACCAAAGUGAUGUUCAGAUUUGUGCAAAUUUCAAUCUUAUGUGAGUGGUUUUCGUCUAAACUAGUGUAUUAGUAGUAUGUAUCAUGAUCCUUAAUUGAUUCUCUUCCAACAACUCGAUUUGUUAGGAGCAACUGGUUCUUGACAUAUACGAUUAAACUACUCUGAUUCUGAAAUGCAGGAAGCCAUCCAAAGGAGGAUUCUGGCUUCUACAGCAGCAGCAGAAGCCCUGGAAGAAGCCAUUGCCACAGAAUCAAUCAUCAGAAGCUUAAGGUAAAACUUCCCUCUCUUUCUCCUAAGGAUUUUGAAUUACCCUGUUCACUCUUGAAUGUACCACGAUGUCUGCAGUACUUUAAUCUAACAUCUUCCCUUUCGCCCUUUCAAUCAUUUCCAUUGCAGCAUAUUCUCAGACCUCUCAUCAUCAUCCAAAUCCAAACCCGGGAACCCCUUGCCCACCAUAGACCGCUUCAUGUCCCUGUACGACGACGUGCAGAAGUACACACAGACUGCUCAAUCAGUGGCCACCAGCCAUUCUUCUCCCGAUCACGAAGCCAUCCCACCAACGCAGCAUUCCAAAGCAGCUUCCUUGUGGGUCGAAGCCGCAUUAUCUACAGACCUCGAGAUCGUCUCCGUUCUGAACAGAAACAGUACAACCAAUACUACUACUUCUGCAGAUCAUCAUCAUCAUCGACCGAGUAAUUCUCCUUCCCUCCCGAGAAGUGGCUCAAAACGACAGUCUGUGAAGGGAAACUCUUCUUCUCCGUCGUCGUUGUCAUCGCCGAACGACAGAGCUCGUGUUGGUGUGGAAAGAGGAGGGGCGUGGAGGAGAGGCUGCGGGAUGAGCGAAACGGUGGAGAUGGGGAAGAAGGUGGAAUGUGAGAUGGAAGUUUGGUUCGUGAGGUUUGUGGAGGAAGCUUUGGAUGCAGGUUUUAGGGCGCUGGGUGGAGAUGUGCCGCUCGAGGCUAGCUCGAUUGCCGCCAUUUUGUCGCAGCUGAAGAGGGUGAACGGGUGGUUGGAUAAGGUGGCGGGGAAAGGGGAGAAGGCCAUGAUUGAGAAGAUUGAGAAGCUGAAGAGGAAGAUAUAUGGUUUCGUUAUUCAGCAUGUUGGCACGACUUUUUGAAGAGUUUCGAAACGAAUACGUUUCUGAUAUUGAGCAUGUUGCAACGAAAGAAAAGCCAUCUUGGCUUCAGAAUGUGCUCUGCUGCUCUUAGGGGGUCUUUGGUUGAUUUUGAUAGAAACGUUUUCCCCUCACAAUGUUCAUUUUCCUUCCUGCUUCUUUCUCAUUGCCUUUCCCACUUGAAAUCAGAAUUUGAAGUGUUUACUAGUGUGUCGUGUAUGUAACCGUG